AUGCCUCCUUAUUUGAGAGCAAGGAUACUACUCAUCUCCCUUCAAGUCCCUGGAAAUUCUGCAACCACGACGAGGGACACCAUCUCAGCUGGCCAAGCAGCACUAUCCAUUCACGACAAGCUCGUCUCCCAGAAUGGAAGGUACGCCCUUGGGUUUUUUGAGGCCGGUAGCUCCCAAAACACAACCAACUGGUACCUUGGCAUAUGGUUCAACAGUAUCCCAAAAUUUACUGUAGGAUGGGUAGCAAACAGGAAUGACCCAAUGAAGAACCAUACCUCGUUGGAGCUCAAAAUCUCCCACGAUGGCAACCUUGUUGUCACAAACCGGCCCACUGACUCCAUUGUCUGGUCUACUCAGGCCACCAUGAAAAGAAACAACACCAUUGCUGUUCUCUUGAACAGCUCAAAUCUUGUCUUAAGAGAUGCCUCAAACUCAUCUGAUAUUUUGUGGCAAAGCUUUGACCACCCGACAGAUACCUUAUUCCAAUGGGCUAAGCUUGGUUGGGACAAUGUCACUGGUCUCAAUCGCCGCCUCGUCUCUAAGAAAAACUCAAUUAGCCCGGCUACUGGGUUUUACUAUGAGGAGCUAGACCCUAGUGGUGUUAACCAAAUUGUCCUUGCAUCACUCAAGUCCUCCAAACCUUAUUGGUCCAGUGGUGUGUGGAAUGGAAAAAGAUUUAACUCGUCGCCAGAGGUCUCAAGGAACGUUGGUUACCUGUCAUUUGUAGAGACUACCCAUGAGAAGUAUCAUACAUUCCAUGUGUCAGAUGAAAUGAAUAUUUAUUAUAACUUGGGUGUCUCGGGUCAGACAAACGUAUUCAUUUGGCCUGAAGGUUCACAAGAUUGGGUGCUUGCCCAUGCCGAACCUAGAUCUCAAUGUGAUGUGUACGCAGCCUGUGGACCUUACACAAUUUGUGAUGAUGAUGCUCUGCCUCAUUGCACUUGUUUGAAGGGGUUCAGUGUAACAUCCAUUGAAGAUUGGGAGCUAGAUGAUCACAGCAAUGGAUGCUCGAGGAACACUGCAUUAGAUUGCAAUUUUUCAAAUGAAAGUUCAAUAAGAUCCAUGGAUAAAUUCUUAUCUAUUCCAUGUGUUAGUUUAGCGCAAAGUGAGCGCAAAACAGAGGAUGCUAAAAGCAGUGGUGAAUGUGCUCAAGUCUGCUUGGCCAAUUGCUCUUGCACUGCAUAUUCCUUCAGUAACAAUACAUGCUUUAUUUGGCAUGAAGAAUUGCUAAACGUAAGGCAAAUACAAUGUGGUGCCACAGCAGAUUCAAAUGGAGAAACUCUCAACCUUCGUCUUGCGGCUAAAGAUAUGCAAAGUUUAGAGAAAAACAAGAGAGUAUUUACUAUUGGAGUUGCCGUUGGUAGUAGUGCUGCUGCUUUAUGUUUGUUUGCAUUCAUCAUGCUGAUAAUGAUUUGGAGAAACAAAAGGAAGAGCUCUUGCCGAAUCUCACAAACAGCCCAAGGUUGCAAUGGAAUCAUUACAUUUCGAUACAUUGAUUUACAAUGUGCAACUAAAAAAUUCUCAGAAAAGUUAGGGCAAGGUGGUUUUGGUUCUGUAUUCAAGGGGUUCUUGAGUGACUCGACAGCGAUAGCAGUGAAGAGGCUUGAUUAUGCUCAUCAUGGAGAGAAGCAAUUCAGAGCUGAAGUGAAAUCAAUUGGAAUAAUCCAACACAUUAAUUUAGUCAGAUUAGUUGGUUUUUGCUGCGAGGGUGCUAAAAGGUUGCUUGUUUAUGAACACAUGCUGAAUGGCUCUCUUGAUAUUCAUCUUUUCCGGAGCCAAGUGACAUUAUUGAAGUGGAGCACUAGGUAUCAAAUAGCACUGGGAGUUGCCAGAGGAUUGACCUACUUGCAUGAGGGGUGCUGUGACUGCAUCAUACAUUGUGAUAUUAAACCAGAAAAUAUUCUCCUUUCUGAUUCAUUUAUCCCAAAAAUUGCAGAUUUUGGGAUGGCCAAGUUCUUGGGGAGGGAUUUUAGCCGAGUCUUAACUACAUUCAGGGGAACUAUAGGAUACGUUGCGCCUGAAUGGAUCGCUGGAGUGGCUAUUACACCAAAAGUUGAUGUGUAUGCCUAUGGCAUGGUUCUAUUGGAAAUCAUAUCUGGACAAAGGAAUACAUCUGUUUCAUGUUCCUGCAGUAGUAGCAAUCAUGACAUUUAUUAUCCUGUACAUGUUGCACGGACGAUUGUUGAGGGAGAUGUAAUGAGCUUGCUGGACCACAGAUUAAAUGGUGAAGCCAAUUCGAAGCAGGUCGAAAUAGCUUGCAAGCUUGCAUGUUGGUGUAUUCAAGAUGAUGAGUCUAAUAGACCAACAAUGGCCAAGGUGGUUCAGACCCUUGAGGGUUUACUUGAAAUUAACAUACCCCCAAUGCCAAGAUUACUUCAAGCUAUUUCUGGAAGUUCUAGUUUUACUUGCUUCUAA